CAAAAAAAGACUAUCAGGAGGAGAUACACAGAUCUGUAUUCCAGUAGUUGCACAUACUUUUGUUUCACUACCAAACCAACUGGAAGACUUUUAAUGGUGGUUUGUUUUGCACAUCAAGAUGUUUGUCGUUCAUAUCGUUGCCUCCUUCUUCUCCAAACUCCAAGAGGAUCCGACAAAGAAGGUGGACAGGUUUUUGUACGCCAUGCGUCUCCAUGACGACCAGUUAAGUGACAUCUCGGCUCGUUUCCAGGCUGAAAUGAAGAAGGGCCUUUCAGCGGAGAGCAACGCCGCAGCAACGCUGAAGAUGCUGCCAACACACGUCCGCUCCACUCCCGAUGGAUCAGAGAAAGGGGAGUUUCUGGCGUUGGAUCUCGGAGGCUCCAGGUUUAAGGUGCUCCAAGUUAAAGUGGGAGAGGCCAUGGGUAUUAACAAGGGAGGAGUGGAGAUGGUGGAGAAGACCUACGCCGUACCCAAGGAGCUGCACCUUGGGAGAGGAACAGAGCUAUUGGACCAUGUUGCAGAGUCUCUAAAGGACUUCCUACAUGAGAAGAACAUCAGUUUGGAGAAGAAACAUCCCCUAGCGUUUACUUUCUCUUUCCCCUGUGAACAAUCCUCCUUAAAUCAGGGAUUAUUGUUAAACUGGACUAAGAACUUUCGGGCUGGAGGCCUUCAGGGUAAAGAUGUGGUGCAGGCCCUCAGAGGGGCCAUCGACAGAAUUGGGGGUAUUGACGUAGAGGUAUUAGCCAUGGUCAAUGACACCGUAGCAACUAUGAUGACCUGCGGUUUUGGUGACCAGCAGUGUGAAGUCGGACUCAUUAUUGGUACUGGCACUAAUGCGUGCUACAUGGAGGAGCUACGUCACAUUGACUUGGUGGAGGGAGACGAGGGCCGGAUGUGUGUGAACACGGAGUUGGGAGCCUUUGGAGACGACGGCGCUCUGAAGGAUUACAUCACGGAGUUUGACAGGGAUUUGGACGCGGCCUCCAACAACCCAGGAAAACAAAUCCUGGAGAAGAUGGUCGGUGGGAUGUAUCUGGGCGAGUUAGUGAGGCUGGUUGUAUUAAAGAUGGCGAAGCUCGGGCUGCUGUUUAAGGGACACGUGUCUAAUGCCCUGAGGACUAAAGGGACAGUAACCACUGAACAUGUAGCAGCCAUGGAGGAGUACAAAAAUGGUCUGAACAACACCAGAGACCUUCUCACGGAUCUCGAUUUGAUCCCAACGUUUGAUGACUGCGUUGCUGUUCAACAUGUCAGCACCAUAGUGUCCUUCAGGUCCUCGAAUCUGGUGUCUGCCGGACUGGCUGCCAUCUUGACUCGAAUUAAGCAAAACCGGAAUUCGAGGACAUUAAGGAUCACUGUAGGUGUGGAUGGAACUGUGUACAAGAUGCAUCCACAGUAUCCCAACCGGCUCCAUAAAGUAGUGCGGCGGCUGCUCCCCGAGUGCCACGUGAGGUUUGUGCUCUCGGACAGCGGAAGCAGCAAAGGAGCGGCUUUGGUCUCGGCCGUGGCCCAGCGCCUGGCUUCACGAAGGCGACAGGUGGAUGGGAUGCUGUCCCUUUUCAGACUGAGCCAGGAGCAGCUGCGGCUGGUGAAGACCCGGAUGAGGACGGGGCUUGAAGCAGGAUUGAAGAGCAAAGGCUCCUCUGCUGUCAAGAUGCUGCCUUCUUUCGUUUACCGUACGCCUGAUGGCACGGAGCAUGGAAAGUACCUCGCGUUGCAUCUGGGAGAAACAAACUUCCGAGCAUCGCUUGUGAAGUUCAAAGGUCUGCAACAUAACUCACGACUUUACAACAAGAUCUACACCAUACCACUGGAGAUGAAGCAGGGAAGUGGAGAGGAGUUGUUUGAUUACAUAGCACAGUGUGUGGGAGACUUCCUGGACUACAUGGGGAUGAAGAAGGCUCGUCUUCCUGCGGGCUUCACCUUCUCUUUCCCCUGUGAGCACACAGCUGUUGACAAGGGCACGUUGAUGAGCUGGAACAAAGGUUUUAAAGCCACAGACUGUGAGGGACACGAUGUUGUCAGCAUGCUGAGGGAAGCCAUCAAGAGACGCAACGAGUUUGACUUGGACGUGGCUGCAGUAGUCAAUGACACAGUGGCGACCAUGAUGAGCUGUGCCUAUGAAGACCCUCGAUGUGAGAUUGGACUGAUUGUUGGAACUGGCUGUAAUGUCUGCUACAUGGAGGAGUUGAAGAACAUCGAGAAGAAUGAACAAAAGACAGGAGAAAGAGGAGAGGGGACGCCCGAAGGAGAGGAGGAAAAGCAGGAUGAUGGUGGGAGAGAAAGAGAGGGAACAGAGGGCCAUGCUGGCAUACUGAAGAUGUGCAUAAACACAGAGUGGGGUGGUCUGGGGGACGACGGCUCUCUAGAUGACAUCAUCACACCGUACGACAUUGAGGUGGACCAAAACUCUCUGAACCCUGCGAAACAAAGGUUUGAAAAGCUGACAAGUGGGAUGUAUUUAGGAGAAGUUGUUCGCCAGGUAUUGUUGGAUUUAACCAAAAGAGGAUUACUCUUUAGAGGACAAGUCUCUGAAGCUUUAAAAACACCUGGAAUAUUCCGAAGCAAUUACCUCUCACAAAUAGAGAGUGACCGCCUGGCCCUACUGCAGGUCAGAACUAUUCUCCAACAACUGGGCCUCGGCAGCAGCUGUAAUGACAGUAUUAUUGUCAAAGAGGUAUGUGGGGCCGUGUCACGUCGUGCGGCCCAGCUGUGUGGGGCAGGAAUGGCGGCCGUGGUCGAUAAGAUCAGAGAAAACCGAGGACUGGACCAUCUGAACAUCACUGUAGGGGUGGACGGGACACUCUACAAACUACAUCCACAUUUCCCCGGCAUCCUCCAAGAGACUGCCAGGGAUUUGGCUCCUCAGUGUACUGUGACCUUCCUGCCAUCAGAAGAAGGCAGUGGGAAAGGUGCCGCCCUUAUUACAGCUAUGGCCAGACAGAAGCCGAAGAUGUAACUUCACACGACUGAAAAGAAAAAGGUUUCCCCAGUGCUGCUGUUCUCGUCGCUGCUUAUCGUCUGGUGGAGGAGACGCAGACCGCCAUCAUUUGGAGCCUCACAUAUGAAUGGAUUUGCCAACAGCUUCCUUUACGCUUGAGAACAAGGUUCCUCACCUAAAGAGCAUAAAACGCGCAGGUUUUUAGCUGCAUAAUCCCUGUGAACACAGCCGUGUGUGCUGCUCUGAGAAGAAAUGGAAGCAAUGCUGCCAGCAAUAAAACUGUUGUCAUUUAUAUUUAAAGAAGAGGAUUAAAUUAAACAGAUUUUUGGUAGUUAGAAAAACUUUUCUGGUUCAAAAGUUCCUUUUCUUAUUGUGGGCUCUGUAUUAGCAAUGGAACCUACGUACAGUACAAAUAUACAAAUAUGUGACUUGCUAAGUAAAAGUAGUUGUUCAUUUGCACCCAGCUAACUAGGCUACUUAUGUUUACAAGUUUUCAAACAAAAUAUAUACAGCUGUCAUAACCAUCACCAUGGUAACUGCAAUAUAAAGCCGAUAGUGAGCUUUAGUUGUCCAAAUAUGAUCCACAUUUGGUUUGAUUUUCUGAAGAACUGAACAGUCUCUUCACCUCUGAUGCACACACACACACACACUCAAAACCCCCAGCAAACAAUUAAACCCCAGUAAUUUGCUUAGUCAUUCUUUAUUUUUUUGGACCCCAUGAUUCUUUCACUUCAACUUGAUAUAUUAUGGCUCUUUAUUUAAUUUUGAUCUAUUUAGAAAUUGUGGCAUGUGUUGUACAAUGAGAGACAAAGAGAGGGUGUGUGUGUUUCCCUGUGAGUCAGCACUACUUUAGUAUUGAUGAAGGGCAGAAGGAGGUUUGGAAUGCCGCUGACUGCAUUUUCCAAAAACAUCAAAACAACUGGACCUCUGUUGGGUCAUUCUGGACUGACCCUCCGUCCUUGUGAUUGCCUGUCUGUCUUUCUGUCUGUCUUUGCUUCUGUGCCAUUUGUCCCGUCUGUCUGCUUCAACCGUCUAACUGGAGUCUUGGUGUUUGGUCUGUUUCCCUUGAACACUGUGUAGGAUUAAAUAUCAGUACAGACAGAAAUAUGGAGAAAUCUACUAAUUCAGAAAAGUGAUCAAAUAAUUCAGCUGGAGUUUUAGAGGCGCUGAUCAACUUUCAGUCUAAGGAACUGAAUUAUGAGGUCAGGCCUAUUGUGUAUAUUUGUGAAUGUAAUGGUAAGAAUACUAAGCAACUCAUUUGUUAUUGUGUUGCAUUGUCGAUUCCAACUUCAGAUUUGACAAUAUUGGAUACUGGAUACAAUCCAGAACUACUAUCAGUGCAACGAUUAGUGUAUUUAUGAGAAUCCAUUUAUGACAGUUUAGAUGUGUUGAAGAUGAAAGUAGGGAGAAGGCAGAAGACAACGCAAAGAAAAACCAAAUAGAAGAAAGGAUAAAGGAAGGAGAAAAAUUCUAAGUCAUUGUGCAAAUGGAGGAAGGAAAUGUUUUGAGAAAGGAUGUGUGCUAACGGGAGUGAAACAGUAGCUAAUCCAUUAGGGAUUAAGAUGCUAGAAUGCCACCAAUUGAGGGCUACGAGGCACACACACACAGUGAUCAUGGUAAUCUCUUACUGUCCUAGUGGUGACCUAGUAGCUUCACAGUUAAAUCACACAUGCGCUCACUCUGCAGCUUUGAUGCAGCAAACACAGCUGGUCUGCUGAACCAAGCAGGCAGAGGGAGUGAAUGAUAGGAACUCUGUCUCCUUGGAUCUCUCUGUCAUUCUAUAAAAACUCUCUUCUUUUUUUCAUCUUAGCUUUAAUUUGAGUUUAAAAACUCAUAUUCACCUACGUUUUCAGAGUUUCAAAGUCUUCUUGAAUGAGGUCUUUUAUACAUUACAUGUCUUUCUGUGUGUGUGUGUGCGUGUGUGUCUGCAUGUGUGUGAGUUCAAGGCUCUGUGAGUAGGUGGGUCGGUCCCUCUGUCUCCGCUGUGUGCCAACAAUAAGAGCUUUGACACACAGCGAUGGCCACUAGUUGAGAUGCUGGUUCGACCUACGGGCUGGAGUCCUUUUUUCAAAGGAUUGUAUUCUGUUUUUUUUAUAAUUAAAACUGAGACUGAAACUCCCUUUUCAGGGAGCUGAGGCGUCAGGCUGCACCGUAGGAAAAUUAGACAAAACAUCCUGGUGAUGACAACAGUUGCUUUUGUUGAUGCUGGCUCCACUUGAUCAUGGGACAACUUUGUCAACGAAGAUAAUUUAGUAAUCCAGAUUAUAAAAUAAUAACUUUUGCUGGAGUUAUAUGUAAUGAGUCUGUGGAAAAAGAUUUUAAAAAACUAUCUGCAGAUGGAUGAUGAAGUGAAGAAGGAGGAGGAGACAAAACCCAAUUGUGUAGGUAAACCUCAACUGCAGUUUGUGAAUGUUGUGUGUUGUCAUGUAUCAAAUCGCCGAAGACACCCACCGUACUUGAUGUGAGCUCUUUUUCUGCUCUGCGUUGUGCUAAUGUCUUACACUAUAGCUGAGCAUGGUGGCUAACAAUAGCUUGUAAAUACUACCUGUACUGUACAUUAAGCUGGCUUGUUGAGUCCUGUGCUGUGUAAGGUUCGAUAAUUAUUACACUGUACAUGUGUCACAAUAAAAGCGUGUAGAAAAUCA